AUGAAGCUUGCUGCCCUGCCAAAGACGUUUGGCUUAACAGAGAUGAAAAAGGGUUGGUUUCCUCACUUAUGCAACACUAGGGAAAACCAGACUUAUAUUGGACCGUACCCAGACGCUAAAUAUUACGGAUAUGAUUUCAUGAGUGCCAGAGAACGAGAAGAAUUGUUGGCUUGGCUCGAUUCUAAGAAAGAAGAGACCUUUGACUUCCGAAAAGAAAUGCUUGAGUAUUGUCGUAGUGACGUUGAUAUUUUAAGAAAAGCUUGUUUAACCUUAAAAGAUUUGUUGAAAACCGCCACGCAGACUUCUGCCUUAUUAACGAAAAAGAAAAAGGGCAAGAUUGUUAAAGAGAUGUGUCCCGUCUCUGUUGACCCCUUUAACUAUUCAACCAUCGCUUCCGUUUGUAUGGGUAUCUUCAAAACCAAGUUUUUUGAAGAAGAAUGGGAGGUCAAAAUCAAUGACGCCAAAGAGUGGACACCUGCCCGAUACAUUGACGGUAACUUAGAAAUUCUGAAGAACGAUACUUGGAUUAAAGAAGGGCAUCUAGAAGACGACAUUAUCAAAACUAAACGGUUUAUAAAAUCUCCUAUUGCUCAAAUUCCGUCUGUCAGAAAAGACAGUUUCAGUCGGAUGUCUCUACAGUGGCUGGAGUUGAUGUCCAAACAAGAUGGUAUCACUAUUCAACACGCUCUCAAUGGCGGAGAAAAGACAUUACCGGGAACACGGUACAAAUUGGAUGGCUACUGUGCCGAAACCAAUACGGCUUACGAGUACCACGGUUGUGUCUUUCAUGGUUGUCCCGUCUGUUACGCAGAGGACACAAUUCACCCAUUAACUAGCCGGUCAAUGCGAGAACUCUACGUCAGAAGCAAAAAAAAGACGUAUAUUGAGCGUCUAGGAAUGACCUACAAAUGUAUUUGGGAACAUGAAUUUCAAAAUCAACUCCAUUCUGAUCCGAAACUUCAACAAUAUGUGACCUCUUUGGACUUUACUGACCGACUGGAUCCCCGAGAUAGUUUCUUUGGUGGUAGAACCAAUGCCAGUCGGCUUUACUAUAAAACUACAGGUGAUGAACAAAUCAAGUACAUCGAUUUUACUUCACUCUAUCCGUGGGUCAAUAAAUACUGUCAAUACCCUGUAGGACACCCUGAAAUAGUAACAUCAAAUUUCAAAACAAUCAGUGACUACUUUGGUAUUGCCAAAGUAAAAAUACUACCGCCUAGAGGACUCUAUCACCCAGUACUUCCUUACCGUUCAAAUGGAAAACUCAAGUUCCCACUAUGUAAAACAUGCGCCGAUACAGAAAACCAAAAUGAUUGCAUCUGUUCGAAAGAUGAAAGGGCGAUAAUUGGAACCUGGUGUACACCGGAACUUCAAACGGCUGUACAGCAAGGAUACACAAUCAUUCAAAUCUACGAAGUGUACCAUUGGUCUGACACGACAAAAUACAAUCCCUCUACACAAGAGGGGGGUCUGUUUGCCAAGUACAUCAACACCUUUCUCAAGUUCAAACAGGAGGCAAGCGGCCCUCCCGACUGGAUCAAAACUGAGGAGGAUGUCCUCAAAUAUAUCAAUGACUACUUUCAAAAGGAAGGCGUCUCGCUACAGAGUGAUAUGAUCCUUAAAAAUCCCGGAUUGAGGGCGUUGGCCAAGUUGUGCCUCAAUAGUUUCUGGGGUAAAUUCGGACAACGUCUUAACAUGCGACAAACACAGUUUUUCCACCAGUCGGAAGUGGACAAGUUUUUUCAAAUAUUCACUGAUCCUAUGAAACAACCGCAAACUUUCACAUCGUCGCUGAAGACACACUUCAAAUGGAAUGGACGUACAAAAGACUGUCUCCUGUGA